GCGGCGGAGCUGCGCAAUGGCCGCCACGCGAGUGCUGCUGCUCCUGUCCGGGCGCGCGGAGUCGCCCGGCUUCGCGCACAGUGUGUGUCGCCUUCUGGGCGCCGGGCCAGGGCUUGGGCCGUGGAGCACGCACUGCGGCUUGAAGCGAGGACGACUCGUCCUUUCGGACGGGCCACUCCCGGGCGCUUCCACCAGGCUUCCGCUGCAGGUCGGGAAGCGGGGCCCCGGGGCAGGUCGGCGGGAGCUGGCGCGAGAGGCCGGGGGGCGGGCAAGGGCCGCCCAGACUCGACCUCCUCCUCCCGCGUCGCGCGGUGCUGCCCGUAUUAACUCAGACGGCCACCCCCGCCAGCGGUCCCCGUUCUGCCCUUUCGCGGCGCUGGAGCAGCAGUUCGGGGCUCGGGCGGCCGAGCUGCCCACGAAUCGAGGUGUGGACCUGGGUGUGGCCGUCAUUCUGCAGUCCAGCGACCAGACUGUCCUGUUAACCCGAAGGACGAGCACCCUCAGCGUUUCUCCCAACCUCUGGGUACCCCCAGGUGGUCACGUGGAACUUGAUGAAGAGCUGUUGGACGGAGGUCUCCGAGAGCUUUGGGAGGAGAGUGGACUACAGCUGCCCCAGGGCCAAUUCUCUUGGGUCCCUUUGGGGUUAUGGGAGUCUGCCUACCCUCCUAGGCUCAGCUGGGGUCUCCCCAAAUACCAUCACAUCAUUCUCUAUCUACUCGUGGUCUCCCAGGAGUCACAACAGCAGCUGCAGGCCCGGAUCCAACCAAACCCAAGUGAGGUGAGUGCCUUUAUGUGGCUGGGACCAGAUGUAGCAGCUGCAGUGGCUGCCACAGAGGAUGGCACAGAGACACCCAGGCAUCUGCCGCAGGAGCUACCACCCUCUGUCCUUGCAGUGGAACUAGAGGAAGAUGGAGGAACUCGACCUCUGGCCUUGCCUAUGUCUACGCUGCUGCGGACAACCCCAACCACAGCUGAAGGCAAAGAGAGGGUCAGCACUGGGACCAAGUUUGCCCUCCGGCUCUGGCUGCAGCAUCUGGGCAGGUAGAGCCGGGAUGGCAGCCGAAGUGACAGGACAGUGCUUUUUGGUCGGGGGCAGGUCCUCCUCAUCUGAUGAACUCUCUAUUGUCAAGUCAAUAACUUCAACCUUCUUCUUAUUCUCUGAUGGAUUGCCCUCUUGGACUGGGCUGUACUGGAGGCCUGUGGGUGGUAAGAGGACUGUGUCUCAGAGAAGAGGCCAUCAGAGAUGUAAUUCAGAUGGGGGACAGGGGGUCACUCACCAUCCAGCCCAUACCCUGGCGGGGGGCAAACCUCAGAUGCCUCCUUCUUGGGUUUCAUGGGGCACCAGGAUCCAUCUUCCAUGAACUGGAUUUCAUCACAAUCCGAACAGGAAUUAAGUAUCUCCAUGAAUAAGCUGGGGGAAGGGAAGAGAUGAGAAUUCAUGGGGCUAGGAGAUGGCUGGGAACAGUAGCCAGGGAGUUCUGGGACUCACCUUCCUGAACCUGUUUCCUCAUCUGUAAAAUAGAGACAUUAUUCACCCUAUUCAACUCUCUUGAGUUGUUGGAAAUAAAUAAAUGGGAUUCCUG